AUGGCGGAGCGCGACGCUGCUGGGCAACGCUCUCUCGAGCAGGAGCCUCAGCAGACUAUCGACGCCCCCCAUGCGGCGCAGGGCGCUGCUCUGGCUCUGGAGCACAUGGGGCGAGGGCGGCGAGGCGUCGGCGGCCGUCAGAAGUUCGUCGGCGAGGCUGCGGAGCUCGGCUAUCUGGUUGUUCAUGGGCGGGAGUUUGGAGGCGGCCGUCGACGACCUGAUGCCUUUCGCCAUGUCCGCGGCUUCGAGACGCUGCUCGUCACCCUCCGCUCGCUCUCGGGCUUCUACAAGCCGGCUGAGCUGGCCGCCCCCGACCGCAUCGACUUCUUCGAGGUGAUCAAGGCAGCGCUCGAUGUGCUGUCAGACGCACUCAACGAGCAUGCCGGUAACAGGCGCUUCUUUGCGAAGCGGGUCGAGCAGGGCGGUUGGAAUGCAUUGGAGCAGGCCCUGGGCAGCACGGGCAUCUUUGGCGGUCAGUCCCAGAGCAAGCGUGAUGAUGCGGGGCAGGAGCAGCUCUUCGGCACCCUCUUCGCCUUUGCAGUGGGCGAAGAGGCAAUGACAAGGAUAUUCAGGGACGUCGAUAAGAAGAUGGAAGAGGCACAGCCCGACCAAGACGAGGCUCCCGCACCACACGGCGGCGAGCAGCCCGCCGACAUUGUCGUGUCUAGCCCACGGUCCGUGUACAGCGACGCCGAGAUAGAUGUCGAGUCAUUGCGCGCCCAGGUACGCGCCAUCUUCAGCGGGAAUGAAGUGCUGCAGAACCCAGACAUCAUGCCCACCAUCUUCCACUUCUGGCAGGGCUUGUCGGGCAAGGAUGUCCCGGGCACGCGCUCUAAACCACUUUCCCUUUCGGUACUCCUUGCCAUUCUUGAGAUGACUGCGCUGUCCUCGUACAAUAAAGCUGCUCUGCAUGUCACGGGCGUAUUGAGCUCAAUACUACCUCUGCUUUUCGAAAACAAGUGCGCUCCCAUAGAAGCCGGCCUGCUGCAAGAUCUGGCCAACGAUUUGGUGCAAUAUGGCAUCAACAAGCUCGACGACGCCUACUACCUCUUCCGCAAGGCUGCGUCUUCGGAAAAGGCGGCCGAGUUUCUCUUACGCGGCAUGCGCUCGUCGCGCGACCCGCCAUUCAUCCAAUUCGAUCUGUCGUUGCACGGCUUCAGCGCAGUUGAACUCCCAGAUAUCGGCCGGCCGUUUCCGCCCGUCUCCCCCGGGGCCGGCUACACAUUUGCUGCAUGGGUGCGAGUCGACAAGUUUGACACUGACUGCCACACUACACUAUUCGGAGCGUAUGACGACACACAAACGUGUUUCCUCAUGGCAUACCUGGAGCGGGAUACCCGCUGCUUCAUUUUGCAGACUUACAUGGGGCAUUCGUCGGGCGUUAUUCCCAGUGUACGGUUCAAAAAGGCCCCGCGGUUUGAAGAGGGCAGAUGGUACCACAUUGCGGUUGUCCAUCGAAGAGCCAAGGCCAUUGGCAUGGGCCCUGCCAAAGCAUCCCUUUUCGUGGAUGGUGAGUUUACCGAGACCAUGAAAGCGCACUACCCAUCGCACCCCCCAGUGCUAGACAGUAGCCAGGAGAGCUUUGCCUCGAUGUCUUCCAGCAUCUCCAAGCACCAUAUUCUCGCAUUCCUAGGAACACCACGGAAUCUCGCGCCUCGACUAGGAAGGAACGUCAUCUCUUCAAAGCUGUCAGUCGCUUCAUUCCAUCUUUUUUCCGAGCCACUGUCGGACGAGCUGAUUGCUGUGUAUCAUAAACUUGGCCCACGCUACUGUGGAAACUUUCAAGACAAGCUUGGGUCUUUCCAAACCUACAGAACUUCUGCUGAGCUUCAUGUUCACAAUGAGAUACUUCACCCGGGGAGAGAAGAGCGCUCAGAUAUUGUGGCGGCGAUCCGAGCACCUGCAAGCCAUCUCAUGUCCGAGUCCAAGAUCAUACUGAGCUUUUCGCCUAAUUCUGUCAUGGACGAUGACGACAGAAAUUCCAUCGAUGAGUCUCAGCUGAUUCGGUCGCUGUCGCGAGAAGCAGCCAAAACCCUUCACAAGUACACCAGGAUGCAUAGCACGCCAAUCAUUAUCAACGCUGCUGUUCCGUCUGUAAAUGAUGCCUUGACACAGCCACGGGGGUUUGGACUGCUGUCUGGCGACCCCGUCGUUGUUGUUCCCCAAUCGCUCGAUGAUGCAAUCUGGCGAGUUGGGGGGUGUGUUGCUGUUGGCUUAAAGCUGGUGCAAUCCGCCCAAACCCUGCAAAGCAUGCUCCGUGCCGUCAACAUACUACUAGAGGCUGUUGGAGGCAACUGGCGCAAUUGUGAAGCCAUGGAGCAGCGCAACGGGUUUGCGGUUCUGGCCGAAGUCUUGCGCCAGAAGAUUGGAUUCACCAUGGGUGGGUUGGUAACACGGAAUCCUUCAUCACUUGAUGUUACACAGGACGAGUGUGAAGCAUUCGUUCUGCAGCUGCUGCGAGUCAUUCUUCGAUUUGUUGGAUAUGAUGAGGAGCAGCCGACUGAGUCGCUCAUCAUCAAUCCACUCGCGUACAGAGUCCUUCUGGUCGACUUGGAAAUCUGGCGCCGAGCUACUUCCUUGGAGAUUCAGAAACUCUACUACUCGCAAUUUGUCCAAUUUGCCCGGGGCAGCAAACACCAUCACUACAAUGCGAAGCGCUUUCAUAGAAUACGUGUGGUCAAGCGCCUCACAGACGCUCUCAAGGGAGAAAGGUUCACCCCGCAGACCUUCAAACUCUUUCUUGAUGCUUUCAGGACUCUCUUGUUAAUCAAUUUCAACGGGGAGAAUGCGAGAUCACUUUCUCUUUUUGUUACGUAUGCACUGCAUGACAGUCGUGCGUCUUAUGGGAAGCGACCGCUGCGCCCAAGAGUAAGCGCUGUUCGUCUUCGGAAAAAUACGUCACCUGCAUUGGCACCAGACGCUACACCACGGUCAAGAAGUCCAGCUCAAAAAGGCGCGGAUACGCCGCCAUUGUCUCUGCCAGAUUUAGGCAUUGCUAUUCUCAACCUCCUAGCAGAACUGCUGUGUGACCCUCACAACCCGAACGAGGUAGUACGCUUUGCAAAGAACGUCACCGGCAAAUGGCUCCUUUACCUCCUCGCUGAACCUGAUCAGCGGGUCGUCACUCUCGGUGCAAAGAUUCUAGCCCGAUUGCUUGUGCUCAAUGGAACGCAUUAUGUCAAGAAGUUUGCGGACAAGACAGGCGGAUUCAUCCUCAUGAAGAACAGACUGCGCCACUGGUGGAACACUCCGGGCAUCUGGACCAUAUGCUUUGCCGUCCUGUUUGGGCGCGACGUGGCAACUAUAGACUUUGAGCGUGAUUUCGAUGUCUUCAAUCUGGUCGAUAUCUUCAUCGCUCAUUCACCCCAGUCUGAGCUAAGGAUCUGCUACCCGGAAGUUUUUCCUGUAAUCACAGCAAUGCUAGAGACAGGACUACGAGCCAUUGUGCGCGAUCGCGAUCUGGCUCGGACGGACAACAAUACUCCCAAACAGGAAAACGGUGAAGGCACCGUCACUCGAGGCCGACGCAGAACGAUGUCGCUGAAUGCCAAGCAGCCGACCGUCGACUUACGCGCGCCCCAGACCGACCGCUUGAACGACUAUGCUGUUGUUUUGAACUCCGCCAUCCAAUUCCUGUCUGAACUGCACUCUCGCGCUGAAGGGUUCCGUGACUAUGCGAACACAUCUAAUUAUGUUCAAGAGUUGUUGUUCGUUCUGUACCCGGUGAUUGUGACGUCUGACAGUGUGAGCGCAGAGACGGAGCUGCUUUCAAGAGGCUCAGCGUUGACGUUUGAGGGCCAGGACGUCGUGAUACAGCCACUUUCCAAAGCCAAUGGAAACGAAGCUCCCGUGAUUCGCACCACUCACGCUGACGCAUCACCUGCACCUUCUUCUCGCCGCGUGCUGCCUCUUCGUAGAGCAUCAUCUUUUGUGCUCGUAUCGGCAGAUAAGAAGAAGGUUGCUCAACAGCCUUCUCUGAACCCUAUCCUCUCCUCAAGGACGACUCCCCCUAUGCCGCUAAAGGUGGGCAGUACGGUAGUUGAGGCUAUGCUGGAGGUCAUUCUGGAUGUCUUCAAGGACCAAAUAUUCACACGCAAAGACUUCCCUGGCUUGGGGUUAUUCUUGAAAACACCCCCAGGAUUCCAAGAACACCAGGCAUAUUUCGAAUCAUACAUUCUACGACAGACUAUGCUGUCCGCGAGGAACGCACUGCAACUUGACCAACAGCUUUUGCAUGAGCCUCGGGUUCUUACGAAUCUCUCACGGUUUGUCCAGCACGUGUCUGAAGCCGUCUUCGAAGGGUGGUUCCUCGAAGGUGCAGAGCCUUUACUCGACUUUGCUGGUUUUCUUUUGGAAUAUUUGGAGCGCCCCGACAUUGCGGCCAUCAAAUCCGUCAGACUUUGCACGCAAGCUAUUCAGUCAAUUCGCACCACUUUCUUGAAAGUUGCUCUUCUCCGGCUAGCCGACCCAGACGAAUCCGAAGGCGGAGUAAGCACCACCGCAGUGAUUGAGAAGAUGGUAUAUUGGCAGCCGAUCAUCUUGUCGUCUGCUAACAACGAGACUUUCUCAUUGAAGAUGAUUUGUUAUCUACUGUACUCGCAACUGUCCUCGGAACACAUGACAGUACGCCUUGCAGCGGCGAGCUUCUGGAGGUUGUUAAUGGUUCAGAAGCCCCACGAAACAUCCAUGAUACUAGCCGAUGCGAUUCAUGGAGACACCAAGGACCUAUACGAUGGUUUCCAGAAGCUUGUCGAAUUAGACAAUGAGACUUUCCUCGAGUGGCUUGACAAUAACAAGGCAGAAAUGGAUCGAUUCUUCUUCGGCUCAAUGACUAAAUCAUGGGAAGAUUAUGUCCAUGGCCAGAACAAGAAGACUGAAGAGACUUCACAGAGACGCGUUGCUAAGCGCAAGGAAAAGCUAAAACAGUGGCAAUCUGACGAGCUUACUGCUGAGAAUGUCUGGAAUCACCACGAGAACUCAACAAACCACUGGCGGUCGAACAUACAUGCUUCAGAACGAAUCAAGCACCAGCGUGUUCUUCAGGAUCAGCAAGACAAUGCUACCUUUAUGGCAACAGUUUUAGCCAAGCUGGAUCAUCAACUAAAAGGUCCAUGUGGUCUGUUUGAGAACAGCCCUCCUGCCCGAUGGCGGCUUGAUGAAACUGAAGGUCGUGACCGAAAGCGUUUGCGCAUCAUUGUCGACAACACGAGCCGAGAUCAAAGCUAUCAGCCCAAACGCAAAGACACUGACCCGCGGGAUCGACUCAAACUCGACACCACUGUGCCUGCCAUUACGGCUAAAGAAGCUGUGGGCAUUACCCCCGUUGGCGGGCGGUCAGCUAGAUCAUUAUCUGGAGCCAGUGCAUCGGGCGACCACGCAGACGACGCAGAGUCGGGUAGUGACGACGACUUUGAAAUGGUUGAAGCCAUGUAUGAGGAUGAAGAUGGCUUCGAGGAUAAGAAUCGGAAAGUCAUGCGCAGUCUUAAUCGUGGAGACCAAGUCCAAUAUGUCUGCAAUAUUUCCCGAGUAGUUGGUCUCGAAGCCAUAGAAGGUCUUCUCAUCGUGGGGAAAGACUGUCUCUACCUGCUAGAUGACUUUUUCCAAAGAUCUGACGGCGAAAUUGUGCGCGUCUGGCAGGCACCGCCCGAUGAGCGUGAUCCAUACGUGCAAGUCAUUGCUGGCAAAGAGGCAGUGACGAACCGUCGCCCACCACCCAGAAGUCAGGAAGAGGCAGUGCGGAAUUGGAAGUGGACCGAAGUCAUCAGCAUCUCAAAGCGGCGCUUCCUCCACCGUGAUGUGGGCAUCGAAAUCUUCUUCGACGACGGACGCAGCUACCUUCUCACAGCCAUCUCUGCACAAGCCCGGAACGACAUACAUUCCCGUGUUCUUCAACGAGCGUCACAUGUAGCAAACCCUGACAAGCUCGGCAACUCUGAAAUCUCGUGGCGGCUCGAUUCCUUGCGCAACCCCGAAGAGGCGCCUCAGACGCUUGGGUCACGCUUCGUAUCUGCAUUUGGUUCGGCUUCGUCACAUCCAGCAACGAAGAAGUGGCUCAAAGGAGAAAUGUCCAACUUCCAUUACCUCAUGUUCGUCAACACGCUCGCCGGGAGGACCUUCAACGACCUCACCCAAUAUCCAGUGUUCCCUUGGGUACUCUCGAAUUACCACAGUGAAGAGCUGGACCUGAGCGAUCCGAGCAACUUUCGGGAUCUCCGGAAGCCUAUCGGUAUUCAAGAUCCCAAACAGGAACAUCUGAUCAGAGAAAGGUUCAGUUCUUUUGCAGAGAUGGGCGAUGCCAGCCAUGCCUUUCAUUACGGGACUCACUACUCGUCUGCCAUGACCGUGGCAUCUUAUCUCAUGCGCCUUCAGCCUUUUAGUGCAGCAUUUUUCCUUAUUCAAGGCGGCACGUGGGAUCAUGCUGAUCGCAUGUUCUACUCGAUUCAGAACGUAUGGGAGUCGGUAUCAGCUAAGAACAUGGCUGACGUACGCGAGCUUACGCCCGAGUUCUAUUUUCUUCCGGAUUUUCUGACAAACGUGAAUGGGUACAAUUUCGGGCUGCGUUCCGACGGCUCCGCUAUUGACGACGUGAAAUUGCCUCCGUGGGCCAAGGGCGAUCCUGCAAUUUUCAUCGCCAAGCAGCGCGAGGCUUUGGAGAGCCCCUACGUCAGCCAGAACCUGCACCACUGGAUCGACUUGAUCUUUGGAUACAAACAGCGCGGUGAGGCUGCUAUUGAGGCUGCGAACGUGUUCCACUACAUGACCUAUCAGGGUGCAAUCGAUCUGGACUCGAUCACCGACGAGAAAGAACGAGCGCAAAAGAUUAGUGUUAUCAAUAAUUUUGGACAAACGCCUCCGCAAGUCUUCCAGAGACCACAUCCCCAAAAGGACAAUGUCACUCGGCCCACUCGGCUCGAUACGUCUGCAGAGAGUCUGCAUCGGGUGCCGGGCACACUUCUAGAAGCUCAUGACCGCAUCUCAUCUCUCAACUAUACCAGCAAGAGCGAUAGGUUGCUGUGCUCAGCGCCAUUCCGCCACAACAUACCUCCCCACCACGAUCGGUACAUGGAGUGGGGCUUCACAGACGGUAGCGUUCGCUUUUAUGAUUCAAGCUCAAAGAAGCUGAUUGGAUUAUUUGAACACUUACACUCGGGCCAAUUGACAACGUCGCACUUUGUGGAUGGCCGAACGCUGAUCACAGCAGGAACGGAUUGUACCCUCGCCAUUUGGAAUGUUAACAAAGGCGAUCGAGGCCGUAUUGAGCUUCAGAACGCCACUACGCUCUUCGGCCACAAGUCGCCUGUCAUGACAAUUGCUGCCAGUCGCGCUGUCUCUGCAUUCUUGUCCGCUUCACUUGAUGGGCGCGUGUUCCUCUGGGACCUUAACCGCAACGAAUUCGUACGCGAGCUAGCCCUUGGUGCGCAGCAAAAGCGGAACCCGGUACCGGUGCAAGCGGCCAAGAUCAAUAGUGUGACGGGCAAUAUUGUCCUUGCCUGCGGAAACCGGUUGAUUGUCUCGACACUCAAUGGCACCAUACUGCUCGACGAAGACAUUUGCGAUAGUGAAGAUGAUACAGACUACAUUACAACGGUGGCAGUCUACGAAGGUGUUGGCAACGAGUGGUGUGAACGGGAACUCAUCUUUACCGGACAUCGAAGAGGAGUGGUGAAGAUUUUCCACCUGGUUCCAACACCUCCAACCAUGACAGUGUCCGCCAAGCCGGCCAAAUGGUCUGCCAAUCUUAUCAAUGUCCUGAACCAUGGCGAUCCUGUGAUGAUGGCGCAAGCAGCGCCCAUAACGUGUAUAUUACCAAUGCCUCACCAUGUUUACACGGGCGACGAGGACGGCAGAGUGUAUGAAUGGGAUUGCGUGCACCGGCAACAUUAA